UGCAUACAGUUUCCUACCGAGGAUAAAAAGUGCUAGCCGCAGAAGAAGAAGCAGGAGAUAGCUUAGAUGCUAGUGCGUUUGAAACGUGUUUUUGCUUUUAAAUCGUCAUGUCCUGGGUUAAAGCUCUGCCUGUGAGCGGAGAAGAUGUCUUCGACGACAGUGCGGACGAGCUUAGUUUACAGAGUAAGGAGUGGACCUCCAACAUGAAGAAGCGACUGAGGGACGGGUAUGUGGACGGAGUUGAUACCGGUGAGGAGGCCUCGCUUCAGGUGGGAUUCAACCUGGGCUUCAAGGAGGGAGCAGCUCAGACUGUGGCUGUGGGACGACUCAGAGGAAUCGUCAGCGCUAUAUGGUGCUGGUGCCAGAUCCAGCAUCCGGAAAAGCCCGUCCCAUCCUCGGUGACUGACCUUCUGCACAGGGUCACGCAGCAUGAGGACAAAAUAGCGAACGGUAUCAGGAAUGCUCUGGAGAAUCCUCCACCCAGUGUGAGCGACAUCUCCGAGAGCAUGGAGGACCUGGAGGUGGAACGGGCAGACCGGGGCUGCUGUGAGGAGCGCUGUGAAGAGUCGGACUGCUGCAGGAAGGGAGAGACAAUGGACUUGGACUUUCCUCACAGGCCACAAAGGAUCUGCUCGGGGUCCACUGAGGAGCUUCACCUCCUCCUGCAGUGCUGCGUUGACGUGGUGUCAGAACUGGGAAUGCCACAGGAGAUCAUCGGCCACAUAGAGGAACUGAGGAAGCUGUAGUGACUGAAAGGCUUCGAGUGAUGACUGAAACUGUGACGCUAAACAGGCUUGGUGUAAAGCUCUUUCUCACAAAAAAACAUGAAGAUGUAUAUAAUGUUUUAUAUACUUAUGGAUUUUUAUAUUUUAUUUAAGAUAUUUUAAAGUGUUUGGAAAUAAAAUGAAAUUUCCUGC